UGAAAGUUGAAUCAAACAAUGUUGUUUCAGCCAGGAGGGUCAUAGCAUCAGAAAUCGCAGGCAAAGUUCUCUCCUUUUCUCCUCUGAUCGUUUUCUUAUCCAAUCAAAUCAAAAUUUCAUCUUGGGUGAAAUUCUACUCAGGGGAGACAUGGAUACUGAGGAUCCACCGCGCCAACUGACUGGAGUGGUUAUAAUCACUCUUCCGCCGCCGGAUAAUCCUUCUUUGGGCAAAACAAUCACAGCUUUUACACUUACUGAGGAUGAUGUUCAGGCUCAAUCUCACCAAACCCAUCAACAAGAAGAACCUGAAUUACCAAUCCAAGUUAUCCAACCAAUCCCACCACCACCCCCACUGCCAAAUCUCUUUUCUGGGUCCCCAAGAAAGCUUUUGGGCUUUUUGGGUAUCUCUCUUUUUGCACUUGUUCUUUUUUCUUCUGCUUUCUCGAGUACCUUUCAAGAUUUGAGCGAUUCCAAUAAUGAGGAUCAGAAGCGCCAGUCUUUUAUCCUACCUUUGUAUCACAAAUUGGGAAUUCGAGAGAUUUCACAAGAUUUGCAACUUAAGUUGGGGAGAUUUGUUGAACCGAAUAUGCAGAAUUGGGCGGCUUUUGUGGAUGUUGGCGCAACGGGAAACAGGAAGAUCGAUAAAUUUGUGGCUGCAAAUGAUGCUGUGAUUGACUCAUCCACUAUUUUGCCUGCCAAGGGCAGUGUUUUUCCAGAUGGAUUAUAUUUCACAUAUAUGCUUGUUGGGAAUCCUCGAAGACCUUAUUUUCUUGAUAUUGAUACUGGGAGUGACUUAACAUGGAUUCAGUGUGAUGCUCCUUGCACCAGUUGUGCGAAGGGGGCAAAUCCUUUGUACAAACCCACAAGAAGAAACAUAGUACCACCAAAGGACACAAUGUGUUUUGAAGUACAGAAGAAUCAAAAGCCUGGAUAUUGUGAAACUUGCCAACAGUGCGACUAUGAGAUUGAAUAUGCAGAUCAUAGCUCCUCCCUUGGGGUUCUUGCAACAGAUGAGCUUUACCUCAUGACUGCAAAUGGAUCACUUAACAAGUUAAAUCUUGUUUUCGGGUGUGCAUAUGAUCAGCAAGGCUUACUUUUAAACACUCUGGAAAAGACAGAUGGAAUCCUUGGACUAAGCAAGGCUAAAGUUAGCUUGCCUUCUCAGUUGGCAAGUAAGGGAAUCAUUAACAAUGUGGUUGGUCAUUGCCUUGCAAUUGAUGCUGGCAUUGGUGGAUACAUGUUCCUAGGUGAUGAUUUUGUGCCAUACUGGGGCAUGGCGUGGGUGCCUAUGCUUGAAAGCCCUUCAACAGAACUUUAUCUAACAGAGCUUGUGAAAAUUAACUAUGGAAGUCGCUCCCUCAGUUUACGUGGACAAAAUGGCAACUUAGGAAGAGUGGUAUUUGACAGUGGUAGUUCUUAUACUUACUUUACAAAACAAGCAUAUUCAGAACUGGUUACAUCUCUCAAUGAAAUUACAAAGGUGGGAUUUGUUCAAGAUGCAUCAGAUCCAACAUUGCCCAUUUGUUGGCGUACCCAGUUCCCAAUCAGAUCAAUUCUAGAUGUUAAGCGGUCCUUCAAGACUUUAACCCUUCAGCUUGGGAGCAGAUGGAGGAUAAUCCCCAAGAAGCUUUCAAUCUCACCCGAAGGCUACUUGAUCAUUAAUAAGAAAGGCAACGUCUGCUUAGGAAUCCUUGAUGGAAGUGAAGUUCAUGAUGGGUCCACGAUUAUACUUGGAGACGUCUCACUGCGUGGGAAAUUGGUGGUGUAUGACAAUACAAAUAAGAAAAUCGGGUGGGCACAAUCAGAUUGUGUGAAGCCAGGAAGCUUCAAGAACCUCCCAUUUUUUGAGAGAUAGGUCAGUGUACUUCUUGAAGAAAGUGGGCUGUACAUAUACCGAGUUUGAGCUUUUGUGUGUUGCGAGUCUGCUGACUUUGUGCUUAUAUAGUGUGUGUGCAUAUUAUAUAUUAUAUGGUACAGACGCAAAUAUUAUCUGUAUGCUAUUAACAAUAGAAGAAUUUCUUAAUAGUUAUAGUCCCUGCCCAAUAUUAAGGUACCAAGUUAUGGAAUUCUCGAGGAUUACUUGAUUUCAAUUUUGGAGAAGUCGGAGAUAUUCCAAAUGGUGCCUAACUCUCCAGGAUGAAUUUCCUUUUUGGUCAAUCUAUGAAGAUGAAUAUUGCUUUAAAUGGUGAGCAGAAUUACUCAAAAGAAACUGUGAGUUAAACA